GUCGCCAGUUUGCGCAACACACCAGUACAUUCCUCUGUAGUUGCGGUGCCACCUUCAAAAACCGAUAGCUACUCCCUUACCGUUCUUACCUCCCUAUUCUGGCGUGACCCCUUGGGACGAAACCCCACGAGAGUUCCAAAUUACAUCUCCUUCCCCUCCCCCACAGUGCGCUCGCCUACGAUAGGCACACACCGCCCACCAUGUCGUUAACAAACUGCCGUUUCUAUGAGGAGAAGUAUCCGGAGAUUGAUAGUUUUGUGAUGGUGAACGUGAAGCAGAUUGCAGAGAUGGGCGCAUACGUUAAACUGCUGGAGUACGACAAUAUCGAUGGAAUGAUCUUGCUAUCGGAGCUGUCGAGACGACGUAUCAGAAGUAUACAAAAACUUAUUCGAGUGGGAAGGAAUGAGGUCGUGGUCGUACUUCGUGUUGAUAAAGAGAAGGGCUAUAUCGAUUUGUCGAAACGAAGAGUAUCUCCCGAAGAUGUCAUCAAAUGUGAAGAACGGUACAACAAGGGCAAGCUGGUUCACUCGAUUAUGCGCCACGUUGCGGAGAAGACCAAGACCCCUAUGGAAUCGCUUUAUUCGCAAAUUGGCUGGCCGCUGAACAAGAAAUUCGGUCAUGCGAUCGAUGCGUUCAAACUUUCCAUCACAAACCCGAGUGUGUGGGACGACGUAACAUUCCCCAACGAAGUGGUCAAGGACGAACUCCAAACCUACAUCAGCAAGAAACUCACCCCGCAUCCCACCAAAGUCCGUGCGGACGUUGAGGUUACCUGUUUCGGCUACGAUGGAAUCGAUGCUGUGAAGGAUGCUCUACGCACUGCGGAAUCAAAUAACACGCAAGAUGCCCAGGUCAAAGUGAAGCUUGUAUCUCCACCACUAUACGUGUUGACCAGCCACUGCUUGGACAAGAACCAUGGUAUCUCUGUGCUGGAGGAGGCUAUCAAGAGCAUCGACACCAAGAUCCGGGCUUCUGGAGGGGCCUGCGUGGUCAAGAUGGCGCCCAAGGCUGUAACUGAGCACGAUGAUGCGGAAUUGCAGGCUCUGAUGGAGAAGAGAGAGCGGGAGAACCAGGAAGUCAGCGGCGAUGAGGAUAUGAGUGAGAGCGACGAGGGCAUUGUCGACGCAUAAAUUCUACGAGCGAAAGAAUUUGUCAAAUUUGUGCCUCCCUGAUUCUUCCUCCUUUCAGUUUCUUUUUCAUACGAUUUUUCCAAAAAGCUUGUGAGUCACGAGUCUAUGGGAUUUAUGACCAGCCGUAUUGGCAAUGUUUUUUAAACGGGGACAUAGCGGUAGAUCAAAAAUCAAAAGCAGGACAGCUUCAAUUUGUGCGGUGUAUUUGUGUGUACGGAUCCCCACCUAUGACAUAGCUCCUAAGCCUUACGUACUCCGUACUCUAGAGAUGGUUAACUGUCUGCAACAGCCUAAGACCAACUAGCCGACGCAGCGUACGCUGUAGUAAUAAUAAUAAGAAGAAGAAGAAGAAGAAGAAGAUUCGGUUGUUAAGUAAGUUGUUGUUUUGCAUAGCUAAACAUCCCAGGACGGAUUGACACCAAGC